AUGUCAAGUGAUAGCGAAGAAUCAAUGAAGUCGGUACAACGAGAAAAAAGCGCACCGGACUUUGGUCAACGCGACACUACCGAAGCGCGCGUUUCCACGGUACCAUCGGACGUCUACCGAGUCGGAGUUCGGAUUGCACCAUUUUGCCCAGAUAAACCUAUGAUUUGGUUUGCGCAGUUGGAGGGUCAAUUCCUAAUAUCUAACAUCACCGCUGAUACGACAAAAUUUUACUAUAACAUAGUAGAGACAUCUCAGUUAGACAACCAAUAUGCUGCAGAAGUUGAAGAUAUUAUUGUUUCCUCUCCGGCUACCAACAAAUACGAAAAGCUUAAAAGUGAACUCAUAAAGCGAUUGUCGGCCUCAAAGGAGAAGAAGGUCAAGCAACUUUUUAUGCACGAAGAGCUUGGUGAUAGAAAGCCAUCCCAAUUUCUUCGACACCUUCAACACUUGGCUGGACCCGGCGUUCCCGAAGAUUUCGUGAGGACUAUCUGGACGAGCCGCCUUCCUCACAACAUGCAGCAGGUCAUCGCUUCGCAAGCCUCAUCACCCAUAGAAUCCUUAGCAGAUUUAGCAGACCGUAUCCAGGACAUUGCACCUCCAGCACCUACGGUAGCAUCCACGUCUUCUUCAAAUAAUUCCGCCAUAACUAUGGAAGAUAUGGCGAAACAGAUUGCGGAGCUUACUAGGCAGGUGAAAGCCCUGACAGCCCAUAACCGUUCCAGAUCGCAGAAUCGAUCUAAUUAUGGUAACCGCAACCGCAGCCGAUCCAAUUCGCGCUAUAGGAAGCAACCGCUAUGCUGGUACUAUGCUAAAUUUGUAGGCAAAGCCAGGAAAUGCAUCACCCCCUGCGAUUUUAAGGCGGAAAACUCCCAGGGCAGUUGGUAA